AUGGGUGUUAGUAGCGUAUAUCAUGACUACUCAUCUUUCCAUAACGGUACAUCGUUUAGCGAUGCAUUUGAUAAUUUUAACAAAUUAUCGGAUUUAAACGUUAUUGAGAAAUUGUGGGGCAGCUAUUACUAUUACAUGGCUAAUGAUUUGUUUGCCACAGGCUUGCUAUUCUUUUUAACACACGAGAUCUUCUAUUUCGGUAGAAGCAUACCAUGGAUGAUUAUUGAUAGAUUGCCAUUUUUUAGGAAAUGGAAAAUUCAACAAGGCAAAUUACCAAGUGAGAAGGAGCAAUGGGAGUGUUUGAAGCUGGUUUUGACUUCACAUUUCUUAGUUGAAGCUUUCCCUAUUUGGUUCUUCCAUCCCUUGUGUCAAAAGAUUGGUAUUAGUUUCCAUGUGCCAUUCCCCAAAAUCAAAGAUAUGUUGAUUCAAUGGGCAGUGUUUUUCGUAUUGGAAGAUGCUUGGCAUUACUGGUUGCAUAGAGGGUUGCAUUAUGGUGUUUUCUACAAGUACAUCCACAAGCAACAUCAUAGGUAUGCUGCGCCUUUUGGAUUAACGGCAGAAUAUGCUCAUCCUAUAGAGGUUGCGCUAUUGGGUAUGGGAACAGUGGGUAUCCCAAUUGUCUGGUGUUUGUUCACGAGAAAUUUGCACUUGUUUACAGUGUCUGUUUGGAUUGUAUUGAGAUUGUUUCAAGCAGUCGAUGCUCAUUCAGGUUACGAAUUCCCAUGGUCAUUACAUCAUUUUGUGCCAUUUUGGGCAGGCGCAGAUCAUCACGAUGAACACCAUCAUUAUUUCAUCGGAAGCUAUGCUUCGUCAUUUAGAUGGUGGGACCAUGUGUUGGGAACUGAAGCAGGUCCAAAGGGUAAAACUGAACGAGAAGCAGCUAAACAACUGAAUUCAGAAAAGUUACAGAAGAAAUUACUAUGA